GAGCGGCUGCUGGGCGAGCGAAGCGCUGUCCCGCCGGUGCGCCUGAAGCCGGAGAGACGCGCCUGGGCUUGGCUGGACGUUUCCUCGGGGAAAGCGGAGCGGAUUUCCACCGGAGCAGGGCCAACACAUAGUACAUCUCAAGUUCAUUUUCAUCAAAGAAGUGGAGAGUAAUGGGCAUUACUGAGUGGCUUAAUAUGGCAUUCGUUUUAUGGAAAUCUGUCUUGGACUACUAGCUCUCUUCUAUUUUAUUAUACAACAGCCAGUUUAAAAAAAAAUGUCAGAACUCAACCCUACAUCUGGAUUAAUAGGAAACAUGGAAAAUGGAACUUUUCUGGAACUGUACCCCACUUCUCUCUCGACAUCCAUGGAUUCAUCUUCGGGACGCAUGUCUAAUGUCUAUGUCUAUGUGUCAAUAUUUCUCAGCCUUCUUGCUUUUCUUCUCUUGCUAUUAAUAAUUGCCCUUCAAAGGCUGAAGAACAUCAUCUCUUCUAGUUCAUCCUAUCCAGAAUACACCAGUGAUGCUGGGAGCUCCUUCACUAACUUGGAAGUCUGUAGCAUUUCCUCUCAACACUCUGCUUUUUCAACCCUUUCUUCAUGAAAAAUAC